AUGGGAAAGAAGCUCGAUCUUUCCAGAUUAACAGAUGAAGAGGCCAAACAUGUCUGGGAAGUAGUUCAGCGGGACUUUGAUCUGCGCAAAACAGAGGAAGAGCGUUUAGAGGAUCUAAAAUGCAAAAUUGAAAAAGAAAGCACUAAGCGGGAGCUACUGUCCACUCAAUCCCACCUCAACAAAACCCUCUGUAUCCAUUGUCUGCAACCCUUUAAGUUUCUAUUAAACAGCAAACGCCAGUGCUUGGACUGUCACUUGUACAUAUGCAAAGGUUGCAGCCAGUACAACAAAAAGGAGCAAGGUUGGAUGUGUGAUCCAUGCCGCCUAGUUAGGAUUGUCAAAACUGGAUCCCUGGAAUGGUAUUAUGAACAUGUCAGAACUCGUUUCAAGCAUUUUGGAAGUGCUAAAGUGAUUCGAUCUCUCUAUCGAAGGAUGUCGCAUGGACAGAAAAUGAAAUCUACUUCACUUGAUGAUUAUCACCUGUACAGGAAUAAUCAGAGUGAAGAAGGGGAAACAAGUGAUGAUGUGGAUGGAGCAGAAUCUGAGUCUUAUGCCAGGAUGCGCAAGAAAAAGCGCCUACUUUCUGUACAUUCCUUUGAUUUUGAAACCGACUCAGAAUAUUCUUCCCAAUCUCGCCGUCAAUCUGUCCAGCUUUCUCCAUGUCCUGGGAAAGAAGGCCUUCAGAGCACUGAAGAUUUUCCAAAUGGUGAGGAAGCCUCCAUGCAGAAAGACUCCAUGGUAGCAGAAGCAGACUUGGCUGCAGUCUUCCAUCAUAUCUUGCAAGAGCAAGAGAAGCACACAGCUCUUCCAGAACAGGAAUUCAGUACAGAAGUCCAGUUUAUAGACAACUCACAUACCAAAAACCUGGAAACAGUCCCCAAAGCUGGCAGUCCAUGGAAUGUGCAACCCCAGCUCCAGUGCUCAGCUAAGGUGGAUACUUGUGAUGAAGAUGAAAGGGGGGCUCAAGAAACUUUCAUCUAUCAGCCACCGUACCCAAAACACAGGAGCCAAGCAUCCUCACAGGAAAAUGUAAAUCACUCUGGAAAUCAGGUACUUGAACUGAACAAACGCAUCUCUGUUAUUGAAAGUAUGCUCAGCCGCCUUGAGAAAAAGAUCCUAGUUCACUCUGAGAAGCCUCUAGCUAUUGAAUACUACAUUGAUCGUACCACAGAAGAGAAGGAACUGAAGAGAAAAUUAGAAGAAUUGACAAGUAGCAUAACUAAAAAAGCUGCUUCUACUGAUGAAGAAAAUGCAGGAAAGAAGACUGAAGAAUCCAAACCAGAAAUGGACUCAUCUAAUGAAGACCUUCCUCCUGAUGCUAAGAAGGUAUUGUCCUCUGUUUCAUAUGGUGGUCUUUAUCUUCCUUUCACAAAGCUCUGCUCAGGCAAGCACUAUGUAAUGUGACCUAUUUUCCUGUAAAAUCCCACUCUUGACACCUCAUCGACAAAGGCAUCUAUCUAUGUGUUCAGUAAGGAUGUGUGGACCAAAAAAACAGGAAGACCUCCAUUUAUAGUUUAAAAAGAUAACAUUGGAAUUUGAAAAGACAUAUUGUGAAGGGGUUUUUUUUUGAUACAGAUAUCCUUGCUGAACAUAGGGCUCUUUUUGUAGAUUAAAUUUCACAAGCUUAACUUCG